UCAGCUUUUUGCCCGUUCGGCGGCGCUUGCCAAUCUCCAGCGCAAAUUGAACUGCUUGGAGUUUCAAUCCGAUCCUCAAUUUGGCUGCCCCAGUGCCACUGAUAAUCGGAAACACAACUUUUGUUACAUCAAUUGUAUAACACCGAGCAGAAGUGUACGGAAAAUGCAAAUUCUUAUCACUUGAAAAGGUUACUUAAUAAAAUAAAGGUAUUUUCACCUGGAAUCAACUUGUUUUUUAAGCGCCGCGCACAGCAUUUAAGUAAAUAUGGCUGUGGAUUAUGUGUUGGAGGACCUUAUGGGCAAAUUGGGUGAAUUUGGUAAAUAUCAAUUUGCCCAAUUCUUUCUGCAAGUGCUGUCUGCUCUCACGGCGGGUAUGCACAUGCUAUCGCUGGUGACUGUUGCUGCUGUGCCCGAGCAUCGCUGCUUCAUUGCCGGAGUGGACAACAGCAGUCUCUCCCAGGUCUCAGAGACUUGGCACUCCCGCCCUAUUAUCGACGCUAUUCCAUUAACGGAAACCGGAGAUCUGGAAUCGUGCCUGAUGUUCAAUGCGAGCGCUGGGGACCACAGCCGGAUACCCUGCGAGAAGUAUGUGUAUGAUACGACAUACUACAAGUCCUCCCGCACCAUCGACUGGGACUUUGUCUGCGAUCGUCGCUGGAUGGGCGCCAUAAUUCAGACCGUGUUUAUGUUGGGCACAUUUACAGGAGCUGUGACAUUGGGUGGCUUGGCCGAUAAGAUCGGUCGCAAGACCGUAUUCUGCUGGUCGGCGCUGCUGCAGCUGUUUAUUGGUGUGGGCGUGGCCUUUAUACCGGAAUACUUCUCGGUCAUGGUAGCUCGUUUUCUGCUAGGAAUUGUGGGCUCUGCUGGUGCCUACAUCUGUGGCUUUGUGCUGACCAUGGAACUGGUGGGUCCCAGCAAGCGCACAGUUUGCGGCAUUACGUUUCAAGCUGUAUUUGCAGGCGGCAUAAUGCUUGUGGCCGGCUGGGGUGCGCUGAUCAAAGAUCGUCAACUGUUGCAGGUGGUGUAUGGCCUCCACGGUUGCCUGUUUCUGGCCCACUGGUGGCUGUUGGAUGAGUCACCACGCUGGCUUUGGAUGCAGGGACGCGCUGCGGAGGCUGUGGAUAUUGUAGCCAAGGGACUGCGCAUCAACGGCUCUGGCAUACCUCUAGACAAGGACUACUUUGUGCAGAAGGCCAAGCAACAGGCUGCCGUUGAGGAGAAGUCUAGUGCCGGCCUCAGCGACCUUUUCCGCACGCCCAAUUUACGGAUGAAGACGCUGAAUGUGUGCCUCUGCUGGUUUGCCAACUCGAUUGUUUACUAUGGCCUGUCCCUGAGCGCGGGCAAGCUGUAUGGCAAUCCCUAUCUCAUACUGUUUCUUAUGGGUCUGGUGGAGUUUCCAAGCUAUAUCACCAUUGUGUUUGUCUUAGAUCGCCUGGGACGUCGCUCCAUCACCUCUACUCUGAUGCUCAGCGGCGGGCUCUGCUGCAUUGUGGCCGCCUUUAUAGCGCAGGGUACCACGCUUUCCACCAGCAUUGUUAUGUUGGGCAAAUUGCUCAUCGCUGGCUCCUUUGCUGUCAUCUACAAUUACUCGGCGGAGCUCUUUCCUACAGUGGUGCGCAAUUCAGCCAUGGGCUUGGGUUCUAUGUGUGCCCGUCUUUCUGGCGCGCUAACACCCUUGAUCACUCUGCUCGGGGAUUCGUUUGAUCCCAAAAUUCCAGCUGUGCUUUUCGGUGUGGUUGCCCUUUUGUCGGGCUUCUGGGUUAUGUUCCUGCCAGAGACAAUGAACAAGCCCAUGCCAGAGUCCAUUGAGGAUGGCGAGAACUUUGGCAAGGGCGACACCUGGUUCAGUCAAUGUGCUGGUCGCAAACAGCGCCAGGACAGUACUUAUCCCGACGAUCCCGAACAAAUGGUGCCGCUCAAGACCAUUGAAAGCAAAUAAUAAAUGACAUUGUUUUUGUUUUUUUUUUGUUAAGCCUUCUCAUAACGCACACACGCCACACACCCACAAAAACAGCAGCUGCUUUUGCAGUGUAAUUUUAGUUAAGUUUUAUCAUGUUAAUAAAUUGAAAAAUCGCCUUUAAAA